AUGGCUGACUCAAACGAGCCGUACGUGGUGGUGGGAAGCCAGUACUGCCUGCCGGAAGAGUCGGUGCUUAUACUGAAGGAGAAGAUGUGGUCGCUGCGUGAGAAGGCCGAGAUCCGCGACGGUCAGGAACAACUGGUGUUCAGGACCGAGGAAAAGGCAUGGGAUAUCAAGGAGCGCAAGACCAUUUUCAACGCGCAGGAUGAGCCCGUUUGCUCCAUGAUUAGCAAGGUGUUCUCCCUCAGCCACACCACGUACCUCUGCGCGGGCGCCGACGCGGAACCCGACAACGCGUUGCUCACCGCCAAGAGCGUCGUGCUGACCUGGUCACCAAUUCUCAAUGUUUUUCUGAAAGGGAACACGUCAGAUGAUGCACCCGACAUCAUUCUCAAGGGAAAUUUCAUUCACUACGACUUUACUAUUACCACUUCCAGCGGUCGUCUCUUGGCAACGGUGGACCGCGUUCUACUGCCUGCCUUCUCGCCUGCCUGUGGCGGGACCGCCCAGGACGAGGCGGUCUACUCGCAGACGAGCAAGGCCUUCUCCCUGCUUUCCCCCCUCCUCUCCCCCCCACAUUCGCGCAGGGCGUUCUCGUGGCGCAACCGCAAGACAAUCUUCAACGCCCAGGACGAGCCGGUGUGCUCGCUGACCAGCAAGGCCUUGUCGCUGCACGACGAGACCUACCUGUGCCCGGGCGCCAGCGUGGAUAAACGUGACGCCCUGCUCACUGCCCGAAGCAAGUUCUUCUCCUGGACUCCCAUCCUCAAUAUCUUUCUGAAAGGGAAUUCAGUUGACAACAAGCCAGACAUCGUUCUCAAAGGCGACUUUUUUCAGCACGAGUUCACUAUCACCUCGAGCAGCGGGCUUCUGUUGGCGCAGGUGGAGAGGGAUAUCUGGUCCGUGAGGGAUUUUCUGAGCACGCACACGUAUGCUGUGCGCAUCAAGCCAAACGUUGAUAUGGCUCUGAUUUUAGCGCUCGUUGCCAUGGCGGACACCAUCUUUGUUAAUAAGGAGAACGAUGAUCAUGACUAG